AUGAAGCCGCAACUCGUCCGCGCUCUCGUGGUGGUUGGUCUUGCUGCGACUGGUGCCGUGCUUCUGUUUUAUACUGUCGCAUAUCUCUUAACUCCGUUGUUUGCUUGGUUGUCUCCGACAUUGAAUCCGACGCUUUACGAUCUUGGCUUUUAUGGUGCUUGUCCCUUGCAGAAAUACGUCUCGAGUGACGUGACUGGGCUACGAACUACUGCAAUAAAAUGGGAUGAGAGUUGCGACAAUGGCUACGUCUUAUUGACCCCUAGCGGAGACUCAGUAGGCGCUCCGGGACCGACCAUCAUUGAUUCACAGGGUGAAGUUGUAUGGAAGGCAGAGGGUUAUCAAGUCACGACGAAUCUGAAGGUCCAGAAAUACAAAGGGCAGGACUACUUGACAUUCUGGUCUGGGAAGAAAUGGGGCUCUCUGGGAGCCGGGUCUUAUUUCAUGCUCGAUUCAUCCUACCGAGUGGCAUAUGAAGUCAAGGCUGUUGGGGAGAACAUGUUUGGGGAUCUUCACGAAUUCAAAAUCACCAAUGACGAUACCGCGCUUUUAACCGUAUACCAUACUGUGGACGCUGAUCUGUCACCGCUGGGAAAGGCGUCGAGUGGCUGGCUCACCGAAAAUACCUUCCAGGAAAUCGACAUAGCGACAGGCGAAUUGCUGUUCGAAUGGCGGGCUUCGGAACAUGUCGAUUUGACAGAAGGCUAUAUGUGGAACCCAUUUGGGGGCUAUCUUCGCAAUUCGCCAUUUGAUUACUACCACCUCAACAGCAUGGACAAAGACUCCCACGGGAAUUACCUGAUUUCUGCACGGCACACGCAUACAAUCACCUCCCUCAGUCCAACGGGCGAGAUUCAAUGGAUUCUUGGUGGCAGGCAUAAUCAAUUCACCGAUCUUUCAGGAGGCGCCGCACUCGAUUUCAGGUGGCAGCACGACGCCCGAUGGUGGUCGGAAGAGGAAGGGAUUCUGACCCUCUUUGAUAACCAGGAAGGAGGAGUUUUGAAUCGCGAGGGCCCCUACAGUAAGGGAAUGAUGCUCAAGCUCGACGUGGCGAACCGCACAGUGGAGCUCUUGCACGAAUAUAUAUCCUUGCAAAAGACCAGAGCACCGUCACAGGGGUCGGUGCAAUAUUUGCCGGAGUCGAACCACAUGUUUGUCGGAUGGGGACAUUCACCAGCAUUCAGCGAGUAUUCUCUGAACGGCACUCUCCUUUGCGAGCAUCACUUUGGAGCUUCAUGGCUUCAUGUAUGGAACCGAGCUGUGUCAUACCGAUCGUUCAAGUCAACAACAUGGGUCGGACGUCCCAAGGAGCCUCCGUCAGUGAAGAUUGAGGACCAAACGUUGUAUGUGAGUUGGAAUGGGGCAACCGAGGUGGUUGCUUGGGAGCUGCAGGGCGCAGUGACGGAGGCAGACGACUACGAAUUCACGGCGUUGGAUGUCAUCGACAAAGAAGCGUUCGAAGAGAGCUUCGAAUUGACUGAUCUAUGGGAGUAUACCCGAUUCCGAGUCGCUGCUUUGGAUCGAACCGGUCAGGUCCUCAGUCACUCUGAGGUGGUGUCAUACCAUUAUGAGGGAGGAUGGUGGAGGACCAUCUUCGCUGUCCUUGCAUGGGCAGUGGUAUUUACGAUAUGUUGGCAUGUCUACAAAAGAAUCUGGCGAUGGAAGCACACGGGUGCAAAUGGGUUCAAAUGGAAAAGUUACGAACUAAGGACACGACAAAUACCCAAAUGA